AUGGCAAUUUUCAGAUCAAAAUCUGGCAGGGAGUUUGAGGAUGACCAAAGAGGAGGAAACAGCGGCACCAAAGAGCAAUAUAAAGCCUCUGCCAUGCAUGAUCCUAUUCUUUCAGCAAUGAAUGAAGCUCAGCCGUUUGAACAGGCAGCUGACUACGGACGUGGUGAUAGACGUCCUAGUUAUUUAUCUCAGGAUUCGCAAGAUUUGAAAGACAUCUUUGGAAAUCCUAUUAGGCAGAGUGAUAUGUCGAAUCCUACCAGAUCAAGGAAUGAAAGACCAUUAGACACAAUUAGAGGAUUUGAAUAUGCCAUUACUGGUGACUUGGCUUAUAGAGACCAGCUAGAGACAACAAGACUUGGAUGGGGAUUCCAUGAAGACUUCUCUCCGUACAAUCUUACGUCAUCUGAGAACGCAAAUGGAGAUACCAAUUAUGACCGUCCUGUUAUCAAUUUCAAUUCUGGCGGAGAGCAGCCUAUCUAUGCUGCUGGAAAUUAUAGCGCAGCCUCGUUGAAGCCAGAGAAGAAGAAGAAAAAGAGAGGUUUGUUUGGUAAGAAGAAGUGA